AUGAAGGCAACCCUCGCAGCCAUUUGCUUCAUCGCUGGUGCUGUGUACUCCAUGGGGAGGCUGACUGAGGAACAAUGCAGACACCCUGUGCCAUCACCUUCAUGCGCCGAAGACGCGAAACCUAGAACUAUCUACUACUUUAACAACCAUACUAAUAGAUGCGAGAGUAUGGAGAGCUGUGCGGAAGGUAUAAACCACUUUGAAAAGCAGAAGUGCUGUGUGAGUGAAUGCCCGUACGGAAAACAUUCCAAAAAGUCCGGAGAAACGCUCGGUAAGUUAUGUUAA